GGGCCUCCUCCAUGGUUGAACUUCCCCGGUUGCCUCUUUAUUCUCUCCCACUCGCCCCCUGAGCAGAAAACGGCCAUGGCCACUAUAAUCCAAAGCUCCAAAUGCUUCAUGGGCCUAAAUUCAACCAAUGCUCAACGACCCAUCACUUUCCCAGCAUCUUAUUCUUCUCUCAGCUUCAAAGGGAACACCAGCAGAAGCAGAACCAGCAAAAUAAUGGCCUUGGCUGCUGCAAAAUCCAAGUACAUCAGAGAGGACUAUCUCAUUAAAAAAGUGUCGGCGAAGGAAGUGGAGGAUAUGGUGAAGGGAGAGAGGAGCGUUCCCCUUGUUGUGGAUUUCUAUGCUACUUGGUGUGGGCCGUGCAUUCUCAUGGCCCAAGAGCUCGAAACACUAGCUGUCGAGUAUGAGAACAGUGUACACUUUGUCAAAGUAGAUACUGAUGAUGAGUAUGAAUUCGCACGUGAUAUGCAGGUAAGGGGGCUACCGACACUGUAUUUCAUCAGCCCAGACCCAAAUAAGGAUGCAAUCCGAACUGAAGGGCUGAUUCCUCCAGAGAUGAUAAAGAACAUUAUUGACAAUGAAAUGUGAUGGGGAUGAGGCUCACAUGUGUCAAUUCAGUAUCCAGGCUUAUUAGUUUAAGUCAUGCUUGUGAUUAUCUUCGAAGAUCAAUCGCACCAACAAAUGCAGAAAGAAACUCCUACAACCUGUUUGAAGUUACGGGGUACACCAGUGACAUCUAAAAUUUUGUCUUGAAUGUUCUCUUUCAGCGAACUAAUGAAGCCGCAUUUAGAAUUUAGGCUUUAAGUUGAGGUGUAUUUGUAUUCAUCUGAUUUAUUAUAAAGUUUCUAGCAUUCUCAAGCAUUCUCUCAUGAACGUUAGGAACAGAAUUUCCUUAAUCUUAAGCAUCUUUCUUGGUUCUUGACUGUA